GCUACACGGAACAGACCCGACCACGUUCGCGUCCACAAAAGAACUUCCGCUGCAAUGCUCCCUUUGCGCUUCAUCUAUGGUACCCGCAACAUGCUCCCAGACAGCGCUCCACCCAUCGUGCACCCCGACGUGCAGGUUCUGGACGAUUACACUGUUCCAAAAACGGACCCGCACAGCACUCUGCUUCCACUGCUGCAAGCAGAUCCAAGCGCACCACAUGCACGAUCGCCGCCGCUGCACAACCUGCCCGGCGGUCGCCUCUCGGAAUGUCGGAUUGCUUUCCGCACGACUAGAAAAAGCCAGGCGACGGCCGAGCACAUCGAUUGGAUCAGUACGACGCACACCUUCCCGGCUGCAUACCCACGAAGCCACGACUUUUCCACCACCCCUCUUUCGGCGGCGAUCCGCAUACCCAAGCCCAUCCCUUCUUCGGCGCUCGCAUCUCCUGAAGCUGAGAGAGCCUACGACGCGGCAAAACGUGCCGAGGAUGCCAAGUUCUGGAAGGAGAACAUACGCAUCAUCGACGAUAUGCAGACGUACUACCCGCCAAAGACCCAGAAAGAGGCACUGAAGAUCGCAGAGGAAAGGGCAGGGAGGAAGGACCCUCAACUUUGGAACGUAAUUCAGAGAAUCGUACCCGUCAGGCAUGAUCGCGGAGGUGGUUUAGCGAAUGGCAAGAGUAGGAGAGAGCCUGUGACAUUACUUCUUGCACACGCUACAGGCUUUCACAAGGAAAUCUACGAGCCAUUCUUGAAGUAUCUAGGACAACUCAUCUCUGACAAAUCUUUUGAUGUCAAUGGCGAAGUAGAGAUCGAGGAGAUCUGGUCUAUCGACACUAUGAUAUCUGGCGAGAGCGCCAUACUGAACGGUGACUCACUCGGCGAAGCUGUAAGCUGGGCCGAUGCAGCUCGUGACCUUGUUCAGUUUACUACGAACUAUAUUCCGCCUCUCAGUCCUUCUUCCGCAUCGAGCCGCUCAAAUGCAACAUGCAAUGAAGCUUCUGCGAGACUCAUGUGGCCUCCAACUGUGCUCGCUCGCACCUACCACCCGGCCGAAUCGCAGAUGGGCGAUGCCACCGUCAUCUCACCAUCCUUGGGCUCCUCGCCCGCAACAUCCGCCCACGCCUCACGGCCCAACGCACGUCGUCGGCGGAUCAUUGGCCUGGGACAUAGCUACGCCGGUGCCGCGAUGGCACUCGCUUCGAAUGCUUACCCGGACAUCUUCGAGCGUGUCAUCCUCGUCGAUCCGAUCCUUAUCUCGCCAGAUUUUCUCAGCGUGCAGGUGCACUUUGAGAAUGAAGGGAGGAAAGAGGUAGCACAACAACGAGCGGCGGACAAACCCAAUCCGAUUGGCUUGAGGAAGAGCCAGCCGCUCGCACUCAGUGCAAGCACGCGAAAAGACACAUGGCGAGACCGGCGGGCCGCUGAGGCGUACUUUAACUCUCGGGCAUUCUUCAAGGCGUGGGACCCUGCGGUGCUCGCUUCUCAUAUCCAAUACGGUAUCGUGCCGCUCAGCGCAUGGGUGAAGGACGCACGUUCCGGCCGAGGCGGUGACGAUGGUGGCCUCGAUGAAAGCGGGGAGACAGAGAUGGUAACGCUCGCCAUGCCCAAGUUCCUCGAAGCGAGCUCUUUUAGCGCCUCGUGGAACUCCUCGUAUGCAUACGCUGCGCUGCUCUCUGGCCGCUUUAGACAGCAUCACAUGGCGGAUACGCGCAAGGGACGAACAUACUUUAUGAUUAUGGAGCAGGGCAGCCGUUCGCUUCAGCUCGAGACGUUUGAGGGCGAGAUGGAAGGCAAGAAGCCUGCCGAGGAAGGCGAGCCUGCGCUCAGAGGUCGGGUCGAAAUGGUACCUGGUGGGCACCUCAUUGCGCAGGAGCAGCCGUCCGUCUUGGCUGCCAAGGUUCUCGAGUACAUUCUCGACGGCGAAACAGUUCGUGGCGGCAGUACAAUUCCGACUGCUCGACUCUAAGCUGCGACAUUUAUCCACUCUAGAUGCAGGGAACAUAUUAGAAGCGUGUAACAUAGCACGGAGGGGCGACAAGCAGGACAAGCAAGUAUCGCAGUUAG